ACUCUUUAUGAAAAAUAAUAAUCAAAGUAGUCUUUUCUCUCUAAAUCUUCUGUUCUCCCCAGUCUAUCUCUAUCCUUAGAGAUCAAGAGUAGCUUAUGGGCUGAUUUGUAAGGAAUGUCCUUACAAUUGGUAUCAGAGCACCCGAUUCUUUGUGACCGGGUGAAAAUGGUGAACCCUUCGGAUGAGUUUGAAGCUAAACCGCCAAUUUCAUUGAAGAAUCCAUUUGCUGAGUUGAAAGCUGCAAUGGAGAAUUACUCAGCUCAGUUGAAGGAUGUGGUUGAUUGUGUAAACAAGAUGAAACCAGAUGAAGGUUUACUCAAACCUUCAUCUCAUUCUACACACAAAAUCGACGCAGAUUCGGAGGUAAUUCCCGUUGAAUCAAAAUCAGUGUCUGAUUUCACUCUUCCUUCUUCAAUUCCUAUAGAUUCAAAUCCAGCAGAUGAAGGAAAUUAUAGAUCUACAGCUCAAUUCUCGGAUAUGGAUGAAGCUUGUUUUGAAGUUGGAGUUCAGAAAUACAAUGGGAAUUCAUCGUUUCUAGCAUAUCAGGAAGGUAAACCAUUCAAUUUUGAUAGUAAAAUCCUUGAUGUUGCAGCGGAAUAUCAAGUUAGUAAGGUUAUAGAUAGUGAGGUGAAGAAUCUCAAACCGUUAAAUCAGAAUUAUAAUGCUGACCUUCAGCAGUUUGUUGAUCUAAAGCUUAUUAGAGGUCCUAAUCUGAAUGCCUUUUUCACUAGUGACCUUAAUUCUUUUACUUCAACAAACUUCGUGACCAAUUUUAAUUCCUCAGUUAAAUUCGUAACAGUUUUUUCUUAUAAUUCUGAUGUUAUCAAAGAUUUACUGGUUCCACCUUCAACUCGAAAUACUUCUAUAUGUGGUACAUUGUCUGGUUCCAAUUUUAUUCACAUGUUGUUUGAUCGAGGAAAACUGUAUGAAAACAUGUUUGGGAAUUCCUUGCUGAAAUGUUCGGAUGCCGAUUGUUCAAAUUUUUGUCGGCAUCAUACUUACACAGGAGUGGUAUGUUUUUGUUUAAUUCUUAUGUGUGCUAAUAGGGGAAAAUGCUCCUAUCAUAUCCUGAUUUUUGCUAGAAGAGUAUUUGAUAGAGGAAGGUUGCUGCAGUUGAGUUGGAGUACUCCUAAAUUCUGCCUGGAUACUCUUACUCCCAGCAAGUUAGUUUUUAAGUUGUCAAAAUUGAUGGUGGAGUACAACCAGAAUUCUGUGUAUUAUGAAACUUUACAACAAGUUAAUCUCAAUACUCUUUUGGGACCUCAUACGACAAGGGAUAAUGCAUUCAGAAAUGCACAACAAAUGCUCCAUCCAAAUUUUUGGGUUUCUUCCACUCAUGAGGGCAGGCUAGGUCAGUUUCUUAAACAAGUCAAUCAUUCAGCAGUUGUGUGGUAUUCACAAGUUAUCACAGUGUAUAAACUAGAAGCUGGUGUUCCUUGGCUCCUUGAAUAUCCUCCUAUGGUGAUUUUCUUAGUUGCUGGAAGUUAUUGUAAGCUCUUGAAAUUUGAGAGGGGUUAUAGAGGAGUGGGAUUAUGCCAAACACUAGUGAGAACCAAGAUGAUACUUGCAUUACUAAAUGGUGGUGGGAGCAUAACAAUAACGAUUCCUUUACUUAUCACUUCCAACAGUUGCCGUGUUUGUGCUCAGCCACAAGAUGUAGUCCCGAAGAGUUCUCUAAUGGUUAUUCAAAUGUACAUUUUCCUUCAAUCUAGUGGAGUUGGUAGUGGUGAUGCUAGGAAGCUGUCUGACAAAAUGCAGCUCCAAAUUGAUGUUCUCUGGACUACUAACUUGUGUUUUCAAAUGCCAUGGCAAGGUGGAAAAAUAUAUUUCCAGAUGCUUAAAGUUCUUAAUGUAGAAGGUGCAACGGGUGGUUAUAGUAAGUUGUUUGACAAAUUUUCACGUCAAGGUAAUAUUCUCAGGGCAGUCUUGAUUCUUCUCAUGACAAAAGAAAGUGGGUCUGAGAAUGUGCAAAAACUAGAAGAGGCUCAGAAAGGGUUGUGGAGUUUAAGCUGGGAUUAUAACUCCUUAUAGCUUAAGGAUGCACUGUAUGAGAAGAUAAAAGCCAAGAAAGGAAAAUAUUUAUGUUAUUCUUGCUGCAAGGCUUUCAAGGUCAAGUUUAAAUGUGUCCAUCAACAUCAUGUUGUGCUACAUUUAUCUCAGGAGCAUGAGAAGAACUGGGUUGUUGCGUGUUUAAUAAUCAAGACACUAAUCCACCAGAGGGUAAUAGAGAAAAUUUUCAUCCAUAACCUUGUUGUAAGUGGAGUAACAAGUCUCAUGCAUUGGGGUGACUAUCAUUUGGUCAACACUAGAGAAGGUCUUGUGCAGUACAGCGAAGAGACCAAAUCACAACACAAUCUAGGUACUGUUGAAAUGUUUAGGGUGUUCGUCACCUUGUUAAAAGCUGAAGGAGAGUUAUCCACACUCUCGAGGACAACGUGGAGUUCGUCAUAUGUACCAAGGGGUAAUUCCAGGAGUGAAGACCAAGCUGCGAGUUAUGAGGCUGUCAAGUUCUUGCUAUCAGCAAGUUCAUUACUGAAAUGCUCGGCAUACAUUGGGAUAUCAUCUCCUAAUUCAACUAAUCAUCGUAUCUCCAGAAUUAUUAUGCUCAAGUGUGAAGAGGUUUUGGCGUGAGUUGUACACCACAGUAGCUACUUCUCUACAAGUCUGCGCAAUUCACCACUCUCAUACAGCUGGUUCAAUGGAGGAAAUGAAUAUUUCCAUCUCACACAAUGUCCUGAUGCGAUGCUUCCUUCUCGUGGCUUUGUUCGAUUCCUACAGGGUUGAAUAUGGGAAGGUGACUGACUUUGAAGCCAAAUUCCUCAUCAGUUCAAUUAAUUGGCAACAACAUGAAGCUGACUUACUAUACCAAUUUUGAAUGUGUUGCUGUCAUUAAGAAGAUGAAAGUGUGGUAUGUAUGGGUUUACGACCAGGAAGUGAUUAAGUCAGCAGUCCUUUGUGGAAUUAUUCGAAUGUUUAAUUUUGUAUACACAGGUUCAGGAGUGUCUCUGGGAAAGAAAUCGUAUCAUUUUGCUCGCAACCACUGUUUUAUUACGAAGGGAUACAAGCAACUGAAGACUAACAUAGAAGAAGUUAUCUUCCCAAGAAAAAUUUUUCAGGUGACAGUUUUUAUGUUAAGGGAGAAGGCAGGUUUAAGACUACAUCUUCACAUACAAGUUCAUAGAGAAGAAGUUAAGACGAAGAUGCUUGUUUAUGCCUCAACUAGUAGUAGAGACAGUCCUCAGACGCUGAAAGGUGGAGCAUCAACUAUUGUGAAGGACUACAACCAAGCUUGAUGCCUGCAGCUCAAUGGUUCCAGUUUUUCAUAGCCUGGGUGCUGAAGUUUGAGGAGUUCACAUGUCCCACAACAUUCGAGAUAGAGUUGCAAGUCGAAACAACUGUGUUAUUCAUGGGUCGAUCUCAAUUCAUAUCCUUGAGGACAAGGAUAAAUUGAAGGAGUGGGAUUUGUCAGGAUCCUGUUUUGGGCUGCCAAGUUCAGUUAAGGGCCACCUGGGUUAUGGGGUCCUAGUAAUCUGUUAAGUUUAAUUAGUAGUUAAUUAAUUAUUGUUAUUAGCUGCUGCUAAGUAGGAUUAGUAUAGUGUGUGUGGGGCACAUGUGUGCACCAAACCCUCUCUUUUAUAUUCUUGUUUUGUUUGUAGAACUCUUUAUGAAAAAUAAUAAUCAAAGUAGUCUUUUCUCUCUAAAUCUUC